GCUCGGUUCCCUCACAGAGGGCGCCGUGACAGGCAGGCGGGUUCUUCGUGUGGGGGCGGCGCAUGCGUGAAAGGCGCGCUCCCUUUUUCUGCGCUGCCCUCCUCCCCCUCCUUUUUCUCGUCCCCUCCUGUCAGUUGGUGGGCACCGUCCGAGCCGCCGCCAGGAGCUUUUGGGGCCCAAUUGGGCUUCCGUAGCUCUCCUUCCCAACCGCCCGCUGCUUGGCUCUCAGGGCCUUUCUGUCGGCGGCGCCCCUUUCCGCCAAUGCCAUGGACUCGCCUCCGAUGCUGCACCCGGUGAAGCUCUACGUUUACGAUCUGUCCAAGGGCAUGGCUCGGCGCCUCAGCCCCAUCAUGCUCGGUAAACAGCUGGAUGGCAUCUGGCACACCUCCAUAGUUGUCCACAGGGAUGAGUUCUUCUAUGGUAGUGGUGGGAUCUCCAGCUGUCUUCCUGGUGGGACGCUGCUUGGACCUCCGGACACCAUUGUAGACUUGGGGUGCACCGAAGUUUCGGAAGACCUUUUCCUGGAAUACCUGUCCUCAUUGGGGGAAUCUAUAUUCCGUGGAGAGUCUUAUAAUCUCUUUGACCAUAACUGCAAUACAUUCAGCAACGAAGUGGCACAAUUCUUAACAGGAAGAAAGAUUCCUUCCCACAUCACUGACCUUCCAUCUGAAGUCCUUGCAACGCCCUUUGGACAAGCUUUGCGGCCUCUCCUUGAUUCUAUCCAGAUCCAGCCACCUGGAGGAAAUUCUUUCAGCAGACACAAUGGACAGAGCUAGCGGACAUAUUGGGAAGUGCCUCGAUUCACCACAGGCAUUUCUUUUUAAAACUCCGGUGUACCAGAUUCCUGUCUUUUAAUUUCAUGCCAGAGUUCACAGCAAAGUGGCAUUUAAGACUUUCUAGAAAGAGUAUUUAUGGGACUGCAUGUGACAUGAUGCUGCCAGAAAAAAAUUGAUGAUAAAGUCAAGUAGCAUAUUUACUUACUUAAGUUGUUUUUGUCUUGGUUCCCUUCAGAUGCUUUUGAAAUAUUCAUUGUUAAGAAACUGGGAUUAGAAAGCUCAUAGCAUGACUAAGAGCAACAUAAAUGGCACAAUGUAUACUAGGUUUAGACAUCCCUUGCCAUACUGGCUUCUUUCCAUUACCCUUUUCCCCAAUGUACAGUAUUUCUAGCAGAUGUAUCCCCAAGGUGUGUUUUACAAUACUAAAGUUCUGAGUACCAAGCCAAUAUUAAACUUGAAUAUUCUUUUAUAGGAAGAAAAAUAGCUAAAAAUAUUCACUGUGAAAUAAUUUUAAGUAAUGCUUCUGAAAUUUGCAAUGUAAUUUAGUUUGUCAGUGGGAGUAAGCUCUAUGGUAAGCAUAGGAUGUUUUCCUAAUUCUAGAUUAGUGACGUCAAAAAACAAAAAGACCACCAUCUGUCUUUGAGUAUCUAAACUAGUGGUUCUCAACCUGUGGGUCCCCAGAUGUUUUGGCCUUCAGCUUCUAGAAAUCCUAACAGCUGGUAAACUGGCUGGGAUUUCUGGGAAUUAUAGGCCAAAACACCAGGGGACCCACAGUUUGAGUACCACUUAUCUAAACUGAACAAGAAGGAGUCUUUGGACUCUUCAAGGCCAUGUGCAAUAAAUCCUGCACUUCAUUCACAGACUUGAAUGAAGAUACCUUUACUAAUAACUUAGACUGGACAUCUCACUCUAAGCAGGGUGUCUGUGUUAUAAAGAAGGCAACUGUGUAUAUGGGCCUAAUAUGUCACGUACCUUCUAUCGUAGUUAUUUCCUCAAGAAGACAAAGCCAAUAUAGUGGGAAAUUUAAAUUUGAGGCAGAGAAUAGGCUGCUGAUAGUGAGAAUUACAACUCUGGAAAUGAAUCCGCAAUCAAAAUGAAUAUCCACCAUCGGAAGUAAAAUGAGUUCAAGCAAAUGAUUCAAAAAUGUAGACUGAGCAGGUCUGUUCAAAAAAAAUUGUGUGGUGCUUGGAUCCAUUCUUACCCAAAUGCAGCUCUAGUUCAGAUCAGACACUUAAUUUUACACAAAAAGAGAUUGCCAGUCCAGGUUCCGUUUUGACUCAUGUCUAGUCCAAAAAACAGUGUCUUCCUUCAAAUGUCUUUACCAAAAUAUUGGAGGAGUUAUUCAAUGAAAGAAACAAAAGAAUAAUAUUACUGGUUCUUGUUUACCCUUCUUUGUGGCCAUGUCCAUAGAGGUAUUGGGGAGCAUUGGUUGGUUCCGCCUUUGAAACUAGUUUGUGGAAGAACACACCUUAAGACAGACAUUGCCACAACUGCAGCCUAAUUCAUUUUUUGCAGGUGUUAAUUCAAUUAGUUUAGAAGUCUUGAUCCCUUUUCUUUGACAUCCAGCUGAUCUCCACUGCUUCUGAAAGAGACUGGGAAUUGUGCAGCCCUCCAAAUGUUUUGGGUAGAAAAUGCCAGUAGCUCUAGCCAGCACUUCCAGGGAAAUAAUGGGAAAUCGUAUUCCAGAGAGCGGCAUGGUUCUUGCCUGUUUUAAAAGUACAAAGUGAAAAUGCCAAUUUCUUGCUCCUGCCUGGCAAGAAGGCAAGAAAAUCACUUAAUGUUCAGAUAUAAUAUUAAUAGUUAACUUAUACUAGUUUUAAAUACUGUAAUUUCCCAAUAUAAAAUGGCAUACUCAUUAUGUAAGCUGUUUGCAAUCUGGAAGUAUGUUGUUUGUUCUUUUAGGUUGAGGCACCAAUAAUGGAUGUGGUUACUGUACCCCCUGCCCCUUAGCCUGCCUUCCCCUUAUGAAAUAAACCUAGAAUACUCACUACAGCAAAGAGUAAGAAAAUAAUAAUAAGAGUAAAGAAAUAUAAUAGGAGGUAGUGCUGCUAUCUCAUCCUCUCUUCCUACCAUCAAAACCUGUGGACAGGAGAUGUAGUUGAAAAUUUGACAGCUGGAUGUUAUUCCUUUCUGGUAGCAAACAAAACAGGUGCAAAAGGCUAUGACUAUGGAUAAAGAUGGAAGUGAAUCUGGUUCUGAUUGUGUCUUUCACUAUGACAUCCUCUGCUUCUAGAAACACCCCUGUCUCCUCUUUUCCCUUUUAACUGGCUUUCAUGUGGAUUUUUAUGUUGGGAAGAGAUCAGCAGGUAAAAAGUAUUGUAAUAUCUUUAUAAAAUUAUCCUGCUGAUGUUUGUAAAAGCACUGAAUAACUAACUUAAUAAUUAUUUCCCUCUAUUCCUUAUAGACACAUCAAAAUUUUAUAUAUUUACUUUUUUCCAGCUCUGCUAAACUUAAAAGGAUCUACUUUGUUGAUUGCAGCUAUGGAAAUGCCAAUUGGUUGAUUUUUACUUAUGUAUACCAUCUGAAACAUUCCUUCUGUCUGUUUUUUUGUGUGCCUUUCUUCAGCUGAUUAAUACAUCUGCUCAGCUGGAGGAAUGGAAAAAGCCCUGGAACUUACUUGACCAUGCUUCUUAGCACUUUCCUUCUCACAGUUUUUGGAAAGUGCAGUAUGAUCCUAGCAAUGUUUAUGCAGAAGUGAGUCUUGCUGAUUUCAGUGGACUUUACUUCCAAAGAAGUGUAUGCAGGAUUGUAGUUUCAUUUUCACUGAAGGGAGAUUUUGCCUCUUGCAUCGAGGAAUUUGAUCUGUUCUCCUACUUUUAAUGAGUUGUUUACUAUUCUUGUGAUAGGAAGAGCUUUGUUUUCAUUGCGUGCAAUAACACUUAGAGCUCAUGUAUUGUGGGGCAUGUUAGAAGAAGUGGCAUUUAUAGACUGGCUCUCCAUUCAAGGGCAUAAAUUACCUAAUGGUUACAUCCCCUACCUAUUAACGUAUGAUAGUAAAGAGUUCCAGUUUUGGAGUGAUUGGAAAGGAUAUCCAUCUAUACAUCCAGCACUACACUCAGUCCCAUGUAUUUAUAAGUAUGUACAAGUAUAAGACAUGUAUAUGUAUGUAAAUUGAUGCAUUUCCAAUCUAAAGUGGCUGACAAUAGGCAGGGGAACUUGAAAGCCCUUUUGUGAGAGCAGAGGCUUAGCCCAAAUGGUGAGUCUGCCACUUCUGAGGGAUUCCCUUUUCCCUGUUUUAUAAUUAAAAUAAAAUCUUUACCAAAACCUGA